AUGACCCUCGUGAAGCGUAGUCGUAGGAAGCGAGGACUCUGGAGCCACAGACCUGUUUCCUGCCCCCCACGGCCCUGGGGCAGCGCUUGGCCAUCAUGGAGCAGUCUGACUUCUUCCGGCGAAUACAAUUAUGACUUUAUAAAAAUUAAUUUUGUCUUAUUUUCUCUGCAGCUACUGAAAUAUUUGAAAAAGCUUUCUGCCUUGCCUAUCACAGUAGACAUCCUUGCGGAGACUGGGGUUGGGAAAACCGUAAACAGCUUGCGAAAACACGAGCACGUCGGUAGCUUCGCCAGGGACCUCGUGGCCCAGUGGAAGAAGCUGGUUCCUGUGGAACGAAACACUGAGCCUGAUGAGCAGGACUUGGAAAAAAAAAAUGAGCAGUACUUGGAGAAGAUCGGUUCCCGGAAACGCCCCCGAGAUGCUCUUCAGAAGGAAGAAGAGCUGGAGGGGGACCUCCAGGAAGACUGGAGAACCUCUGGGGGCCGAUCCUACAGCCCUGACCACCGACAGAAAAAACACAGAAAACUCUCAGAGCUUGAGAGGCCUCACAAAGUGUCUCACAGCCAGGAGAAGAGAGAGGAGCGAAAGAGGUGUCACCGAGCGUCCCCGGCCUACUCCUCCGACCACGAGUCUUCAGACUACGGCCACGUUCAGUCGCCCCCGUCUUCCGCCAGUCCUCAGCAGGUGUACAUGGACCAUUACCGAUCCCCCGAGGACGACCCCGAGCCCGCCGUUCCACACCAGAAGCCUGGAAAAGGCCACAGUAAUGCUUUUCAGGACAGACUGGGGGUCAGUCAAGAACGACACCUGGGGGAAGCGCAGGGGAGAGGGGGGAUGAGCCAAAACAAGGAGCACAGAUCUUCCCACAAGGAGAGACGCUCCGGGGACGCCAGGGCUGAUGAGAAGCCCUCUGCUCUGAGCAGAGAGAGAUCACACAAAAACCUCUCCAAAGAGGAGCACCGACGGGCACCCUCGGGGGACAGUGCAAAGGAGAAAGCUCCCUCCGGUGUCGUUAAGAAAGAGAAGGAGAGAGAGGGCAGCGGCCUCAAGAAGAAGUUUCUGCCUCCUUUGGAGGUUGCGCCCGACAACCACCUUAAAAAGCCAAAGCACAAAGACCCGGAGAAAACCAAAUCAGACAAGAACAAGCCAAGUCUGAGCAGCGUAGACUUAGGAAGGGGGACAGGAGAUCCCUCCCCCAAGGUCAAAGAAAAGGUUUCUAACAACCUCAAAGCUCAAGAAGGGAAAGCCAGAACUUCUCACUCGGAUAAAAAGUCCCCGGGCUCCCUCCCGAAAGGCGAGGACGCGGAUGUGGAGGACGAGUUCGAGCAGCCCACCAUGUCCUUUGAGUCAUACCUCAGCUAUGACCAGCCUCGGAAGAAAAAGAAAAAGAUCGUGAAAGCCUCCGCCCCGGCCCUCGCAGAGAAAGGACUUAAAAAAAAUGAUUCUAAAAGCACUAGUAAAAACUUGGACUCGGCUCAGAGACUGCCUAAGGGGAACGAGAGCAAGUCCGAGAAGCUGCAGCCGGCAGGAGCCGAUUCAGCCAAGCCGAAAAAGGUCCCCUCCAACGUGGUGCCAGUGCUGCCAGACCUCCCGUUACCCACCAUACAGGGCAACUACCGUCCACUUCCUUCCCUGGAGUUGAUGUCCUCCUUCCAACCAAAGCGAAAAGCAUUCUCUUCGCCCCAGGAAGAGGAAGAAGCUGGAUUCACUGGCCGAAGAAUGAAUUCCAAGAUGCAGGUGUAUUCUGGUUCCAAGUGUGCCUAUCUCCCCAAAAUGAUGACCUUGCACCAGCAGUGCAUCCGAGUGCUUAAAAACAACAUCGACUCGAUCUUCGAAGUGGGAGGAGUUCCGUACUCGGUUCUCGAGCCUGUUUUGGAGAGGUGUACGCCCGAUCAGCUCUAUCGCAUAGAGGAAUACAACCACGUAUUAAUCGAAGAAACAGACCAGUUGUGGAAAGUUCACUGUCACCGAGACUUCAAGGAGGAAAGACCAGAAGAGUAUGAGUCAUGGCGGGAGAUGUACCUGCGGCUCCAGGACGCCCGGGAGCAGCGGCUGCGUGUCCUGACCAAGAACAUUCAGUCUGCACACGCCAACAAGCCCAAAGGCCGACAAGCAAAGAUGGCCUUUGUCAACUCUGUGGCCAAGCCACCUCGCGACGUGCGAAGGAGGCAGGAGAAGUUCGGCACGGGAGGAGCAGCUGUGCCUGAGAGAGUGAAGGUUAAGCCGGCCCCGUACCCCGCCUUCAGCAGCAGCAGCUCUCACCCUGACCCCGAGGAGCCGGCCGACGACGGCCCAAGCACCAGCAGCGCUCACCUGGCGCCGGUGGUCAGCGCGGUUUCCUAUGACCCUCGGAGACCAGCCGUCAAGAAGAUCGCCCCCAUGAUGGCCAAGACGAUUAAAGCUUUCAAGAACAGGUUCUCUCGACGGUAGGCUGAGGACGCACCUGGAGAGGGAACUGGUCGGGGCUGGAGGACAAGGACACGGGGGACUGGGGCAGGGGACAUUCGGAGGAGACUGGACUCACGCUCGUGAAAACUCGUGGUCUCCGAAUCCUGCAGUUGGCAGGUGUCGCCCGCGUGCCCGCCGCCUCCCGGAGCACUGCUGGCACCGAAGAUACGAAACCUCCGUCUCACUGAGGGUUCUAAGGUCAAUUAGACUUCCCUUAUUAAUUAGCAUCUUUGUAAACUAUAAGACAUAGUUUUAAUUAAUAAAUAUUGCCCCCAGAUUGUAUUUAUAUUA